AUAACGGAGUUCCCGUUAGCCCCCGCGCGCACAGCCACCCGAUGGAGGAUGAGGAAGCCAUGUUGUUGUCGCGGUGACGGUGGAAAGAGAAGCACAACCCUGAGAAACGGCUCGUAGAAUCCGCUCCAGUUGACCUCACGGACCGGAGGCUCGUCCAUCCCGCGCCCCGUUCGGAUCCCCCACCCUGCAGCGGACACCAUGAGCGGCGGGACCCCGUACCUGGGCAGCAAGAUCAGCCUGAUCUCCAAAGCCGAGAUCCGCUAUGAAGGAAUCCUGUACACCAUCGACACGGAGAACUCCACCGUGGCUCUGGCGAAAGUGCGCUCCUUCGGCACAGAGGACCGGCCCACCGAUCGUCCCAUUCCUCCUCGAGACGACACCUUUGAGUACAUCAUCUUUAGAGGCAGCGACAUUAAGGACCUGACGGUGUGCGAGCCGCCCAAACCCCCUUGCUCCCUCCCCCAGGACCCGGCCAUUGUGCAGUCGUCCAUGAGCUCCAGCUCCUCGUCCUCCACCGCCCCCCCCACCCCGUUCCAGUCUGCUGGCUCCUACGGACUCUUCAACCGUGCUCCGGUUCCGGCCUACAACCAGUUCAGCACCAGCCCCCUGGUGUCGCCUCAGUUUGGACCCGUUGGUGUUGGACGCAGCAGCCCCAGCCUGGACCCUUUAAGGAAGAGCCCCACCCUGGAGCAGGUGAUCCAGAGCGCCCCGAACACCGCCACCACGGCUCUGGCACCCGGCCUGGGGCGCAGAAGCCCCGCCCACGGUCGCACGGCCCCCACUACCGGUGGUCAGAAGGUCCAGCACCAGGACGGCGUGGACACGAGGAGGGGGGAGCCGGUCAGGGGGGGACGCAACAGCCACAGCUGGUCUGCACCCCGAACCAUCUCGUCCUCUCACAUCACUGCUGCAGAUAGGACUCCCUCUGCAGGACUCACCCAUUCUGUCUUCAGCCACCCAGUGUCUGCCGUAGCUCCGGCUAACCGGCGUGGUCGGGGGGGCGGACACCGUGGCAGAGGACGCUUCAACGUCCGCCGAGACGGACCCAUGAAGUUUGAGAAGGACUUUGACUUUGAGAGCGCCAACGCCCAGUUCAACAAGGAGGAGAUCGACCGAGAGUUCCAGAGCAAACUGAAGCUGAAAGAUGAGAAGACGGAGAAAGCAGAGAAGACGUUGAAUGGAGAGGAGAAGACCGACUCUGGAGUGGAAACCCAGACCAGCGAAGGACCGGCACAGGAGGAGGGCGACCAGUUGGGCCCCAACUGUUACUAUGACAAGUCCAAGUCCUUCUUCGACAACAUCUCCUGUGAUGACACCAGGAAAGCUAAUGAGAAGUCUGGAGUCUCCGGGUUCCCUCGGGAGCGGAGGCAGACCUGGGCGGAGGAGAGGAGGAUGAACGCCGAGACGUUCGGCAUCCCGCUCCGUCACGGUAGAGGACGUGGAGGUUACCGUGGACGAGGAGGAAUGGGCUUCCGAGGAGGUCGAGGUCGCUCGGCAAGCCGAGGCUCCUUCGGGCCGCCGCAGGGAGGAGGCUUCAGAGGAGGCUACCGUGGAAACCAGGCCGGCAGGGAGUUUGCAGACCUAUCAGCAUACAGGAAGGACAACAAAGUGUUGGCGUAGUCUGGAGGCGAGGACGAUUGUCCAGUGGAACUUCUCUUCUGGACUCGGUCUCCUUGUAUAUUUGUCACCAGCACUGAGGCUGCACGGUGGAAGGAAACCACGGCGCAGUUUAAAAAGUCCACUUCUCUAAAUAAGUUCCAAUAAUGUAUAAAUGUCAUAUUUCUUUGUUUUUAUGAUUCAUCUCCUGGCUCCUCUGAACUGAACCUGGAUCUGAUUUAUAUGACACAGAGCUUUAUUUAGGGGGGGUAACCUCCCCAUUGCCUCUGUUAACCUUCACCUCGCUGCCUCCUCUUCAUCAGCUCUCAGCUUCCUCAAGUGUUUAUAGGCCAUGAUCUGCUUCUUAAAGGGACAGUAGCAAUGUUUACGCGUGUUGUACUGCACUAGAUGAAGCAAAGCCACGUAUCUCAGACACUGAAUCAUGUCGGUUCUAUUCAGAAUAUAUUUCCUCUUCACCUUUCUGACGGGAACUGAAGCUGUUGUCUUUGUUCUCUUCAAACACAACAGACUCCAUUCACAAAAACACCCAUUUAAGCUCCACGAAGCAGCGCCACUGUCCCUUAACGCUUCUAGACUGUACACAGGUGGACUCUGGUCUUGUGGUGGUUUUACUCCCAGUCCAGCUUGAGGACCAGGAGAAACAGGGUUGGAUCACAGGUUCAGUAGCUGUCUCUUAGUUUCCCACUUGGCUGUGUGGUUUCCUCUCAUGGGUCACUGGUGCUUCAAGGUUCUCCAGUUAGUUCGAGCUGCAGUGAAUCCACUCGGAUCUAAACCUCUACCAGCUUCAAGCCUCCCAGCAGAAAAGUAUGGAAGAUUAAAAAUGCCUCAAGUAAAACAAAUGAAGUGAACCUGUUGUAUUUCUUUUCAUGUUUGCAUCAACUGUCAAGGGCAAUUAUUAAACAUGUUCUCUUUAAUAACGCUGAGUAGUUUGUUGUGUUUCAGACCUGCCGAUCAUAAACAGUCCUGAGUUUAAAGAGUAGAUGAGAAGAAAUGAUUUAUUAAAUAUAAUUACCAUGUUUCAACGGUUUCCUGUAAAAUCAAACUUGUACUUUAUAAACAUCUCUUCCCUUUGUGUUGUGAUUUGGUUUUAAUAUCGCUAUUAUUUUACUUAUGAAAGACAAAAUGCCAAAUGUCCUGAACAGUAAAUGUACAUAAAGGAUAUACAAAUAUCGUGUUUUAUAUUUCACUUUAUUUCUCUUUCAAAUUUGUUUAACUUGGGCAUUUCAAAUUUUCUGUAGCUGAAGGUGUUUGCAUUUUUCUAAUAAACUGUUCAAGAUGUUCUCACCCGUUCA